AGACUGCAGCGGCGCGCGAACCCUCAACGGAAACCUGGUGUCACGACACAGCACAGAGUCGCAGACCCCUGCUUUAUCGUUCUCUUGUCUUCAACGUUUUCACUCACUUCCUCAUAAAUAUAAAUAUUCUUAAUUAAUAACAAGAAAAAAUGAAUUAAAUGAAAAAUAAAAUAUAAAUUGGUGGUUUUUGUUUUUCAGUUAUGGAUGACUAGCUCAGUCGUCACACUCGUAACCCACCAAAUUGAAGUGUACACAACGCAACAACCUCCACCGAGUCAUAACUGAACAACCCUUUGUUUUUUUCUCUUCUUCUUCUUCUUCUUCUUCUUCUUUAGAAGCAGGGAACGACACCGUUUCGUCGCGUCUGGUUCUAGGGUUUCGCGCUCUUGCGUUGCAGCAGCCAUGGGAACUGCCUCCAGGCAGUUGAAGGUUAUGCUCCGCAAGAACUGGCUCCUCAAAAUUCGUCACCCUUUCGUUACUGCAGCUGAGAUAUUGCUCCCUACGGUUGUGUUGUUGCUGUUAGUGGCUGUGAGGACUCAAGUUGACACACAAAUUCAUCCAGCUGAACCGCACAUUCAGAAAGAGAUGUUUGUGGAGGUGGGUAAAGGUAUAUCCCCUAACUUCCAACAAGUUUUGGCAUCCUUGUUGGAGGAAGGGGAGUAUUUAGCUUUUGCACCAGAUACCGAUGAGACGAAGCUGAUGAUAGAUGUAGUGUCCAUAAAAUUCCCACUCCUGAAGCUUGUUAGUCGAGUGUACAAAGAUGAGGUAGAGUUGGAAAGCUACAUUCGCUCAGAUGCUUAUGGUACCUGCAGUCAAGCAAGGAAUUGUUCAAAUCCGAAAAUUAAAGGAGCUGUUGUAUUUUAUGAACAAGGUCCUCAGUCGUUUGAUUAUAGCAUACGCCUCAAUCAUACAUGGGCAUUCUCCGGUUUCCCAGAUGUAAAAACAAUAAUGGACACAAAUGGCCCAUUUCUUAACGACUUGGAAUUGGGUGUUAGUGCUGUACCAACAAUGCAGUACAGCUUCAGUGGGUUUUUUACUCUCCAGCAAAUGGUCGAUUCAUUUAUAAUAUUCAUUGCUCAACAGUCUGGCAUAAAUUCCAGCACUGAACGCAUAACCCUUCCUCUAUCAGGCUUCUAUUACACUGAUUUCUCUCUGAAUGCUACAUGGAAUCAGUUUAAUCCCACUCAUAUACGAGUAUCUCCAUUUCCCACUCGAGAGUACACUGAUGAUCAGUUCCAGUCAAUCAUAAAGAAAGUCAUGGGAAUAUUAUACCUAUUGGGUUUUCUCUAUCCAGUUUCGCGCCUCAUCAGUUAUUCUGUUUUUGAGAAGGAACAGAAGAUUAAAGAAGGACUCUAUAUGAUGGGCCUGAAAGAUGGGAUAUUUCAUCUCUCUUGGUUGAUCACAUAUGCUUUGCAGUUUGCAGUGUCUUCCGGGAUCAUUACUGCUUGCACCAUGGAUAAUUUAUUCAAGUAUAGUGAUAAGACAUUGGUGUUUGCCUACUUUUUCAUUUUUGGGCUUAGUGCAAUCAUGCUGUCAUUUUUUAUAUCAACAUUUUUCAAACGGGCCAAAACAGCUGUUGCAGUUGGAACGCUGUCUUUUCUUGGUGCUUUUUUCCCUUAUUACACUGUCAAUGAUGAGGGUGUUUCAAUGGUAUUGAAGGUUCUUGCUUCUAUACUUUCACCUACAGCCUUUGCUCUCGGGUCAGUUAACUUUGCUGAUUAUGAGCGUGCUCAUGUGGGACUGCGUUGGACCAACAUAUGGCGGGAAUCAUCUGGAGUGAAUUUUUCCCUAUGUCUUUUGAUGAUGAUACUUGAUACACUGCUAUAUUGUGCAAUGGGUCUAUAUUUUGACAAGGUUCUUCCACGGGAGUAUGGACGGCGAUAUCCGUGGUCUUUUGUUUUCCGAAGAGACUUCUGGAGAAAGAAUAAAACUGGAAAACACUGCCCCUCCAAUUUUGAAGUUAAAGUUGAUGGUAGGAAUUCCGAGUCAAGACCUUCUAUAGAAGCAAUAAGCCUAGAUAUGAAACAACAGGAGCUUGAUGGCAGAUGCAUUCAGAUAAGGAAUUUGCAUAAAGUGUAUGCUACUAGAAAAGGAGAUUGCUGUGCUGUUAACUCCUUACAACUUACAUUGUAUGAACAUCAGAUUCUUGCUCUUCUAGGACAUAAUGGAGCUGGUAAAAGUACAACAAUCUCGAUGCUUGUUGGUCUUCUUCCUCCUACAUCAGGGGAUGCUUUGGUGUUUGGAAAGAACAUUGUAUCAGAUAUUGUAAGGGAGCAUUUAGAAAUAUUCGCCAUAUUAAAGGGUGUUGAUGAAGACUCACUGGAGGCUGCUGUUACCAAUAUGGCUGACGAGGUGGGCCUGGCUGAUAAAAUUAACAGUGUUGUGAGAGCUCUUUCUGGUGGCAUGAAGAGAAAAUUGUCUCUUGGAAUUGCAUUGAUAGGGAACAGUAAGGUUAUAAUUCUUGAUGAACCUACCAGCGGAAUGGAUCCAUACUCAAUGCGUUUGACUUGGCAGUUAAUAAAAAAAUUUAAGAAGGGCAGGAUAAUCUUACUAACAACUCAUUCAAUGGAUGAAGCAGAUGAACUAGGUGAUCGGAUAGCUAUCAUGGCCAAUGGUUCUCUGAAAUGCUGUGGAAGCUCACUUUUCUUGAAGCAUCAUUAUGGAGUUGGUUAUACUCUAACUCUUGUAAAGUCAGCUCCUACUGCUUCUAUAGCUAGUGAUAUAGUAUAUCGUCAUGUUCCCUCAGCAACCUGUGUAAGCGAGGUGGGAACUGAGAUUUCCUUUAGGCUUCCGCUGGCAUCUUCAUCAGCUUUUGAGGGGAUGUUUAGGGAAAUUGAAGGUUGCAUGAAAAAACCACUUUUGAACAUGGAAAUAAGUGGUAGUGGUAACGAAGACAGUCUUGGUAUUGAAAGCUAUGGUAUAUCAGUCACAACCCUAGAGGAGGUAUUUUUGAGAGUUGCAGGAUGUGACUAUGAUGGAGUCGAAUGCUUCGAGGGAAAUGAUCAUUCCCUUGUGUCUGACUCUGUGGCUUUGCUUGGAUCUUAUGACCAUCCCUCCACCAAAAAAUGUUUUUUAGGAAAUUAUAAGAAGUUCCUUGGUUUGAUAUCUAGCAUAGUGGCAGGAGCUUGUGGUUUGAUUUUUGCUAUGGUUAUAAGUUUCAUAAACUUCGUGGGUAUGCUGUGUUGUAGCUGUUGUCUCAUUUCUAGGUCAACAUUCUGGCAACACUCGAGAGCUUUAUUCAUUAAAAGGGCAAUGAUGUCGUGCACCAGAGAUCACAAAACAAUUAUAUUCUAACUAAUUAUUCCUACUGUUUUGUUGUUUUUUGGCCUUCUUUUUCUCAGGCUCGAGCCACAUCCUGAUCAGCAGGGCCUGAUCCUUUCAACUUCUUAUUUUAAUCCUCUGUUGACUGGUGGGGGUGGGGGAGGUCCAAUUCCUUUUAAUCUAUCUUUGCCUAUUGCUGAAAAGGUAGCACAAAAUGUCAAAGGAGGGUGGAUUCAAAGAUACAAGCCAAGCUCAUACAAGUUUCCUAAUUCAGGGAAGGCAUUAGCUGAUGCAGUGGAAGCAGCAGGGCCAACUCUAGGACCUGCUCUACUUUCAAUGAGUGAAUAUUUGAUGUCUAGCUUCAAUGAAUCCUACCAAUCUAGGUAUGGGGCAAUUGUGAUGGAUGAACAAAAUAGUGAUGGGAGCUUAGGCUACACUGUAUUGCACAACUGUUCUUGCCAGCACGCUGCUCCCACCUUUAUCAAUGUUAUGAACAGUGCCAUUCUUAGACUUGCUACUGGUGACACAAAUAUGACAAUUCAGACACGCAACCACCCACUACCAAUGACACAAAGCCAGCUCGUACAACGUCAUGACCUGGAUGCCUUCUCUGCUGCAAUUAUUGUCAAUAUUGCGUUCUCUUUCAUACCUGCCUCAUUUGCUGUUCCCAUUGUUAAGGAACGUGAAGUGAAAGCUAAGCACCAGCAGCUAAUUAGUGGGGUUUCUGUCCUUUCAUAUUGGGCUUCUACAUAUAUUUGGGACUUCGUGAGCUUCUUGUUUCCGGCCUCAUUUGCCAUAAUUCUCUUUUACAUUUUUGGUUUGGAUCAAUUUGUUGGAGGGGUAUCUUUGUUACCGACUACACUGAUGCUUUUGGAAUAUGGACUUGCAGUUGCAUCAUCAACUUACUGCCUUACAUUUUUCUUUUUUGACCAUACCAUGGCUCAGAAUGUGGUUCUUUUAAUUCACUUUUUCACUGGAUUGAUUCUAAUGGUUAUCUCAUUCAUUAUGGGACUUAUACCAAACACAACAACUGCCAAUACUUUUCUUAAGAAUUUUUUCAGAAUUUCUCCUGGAUUUUGUUUUGCUGAUGGUCUUGCUUCAUUGGCACUUCUACGGCAAGGAAUGAAAGAUAAAACAAGUGAUGGGAUAUUUGACUGGAAUGUUUCAGGUGCCUCUAUUUGUUAUCUUGCUAUUGAGAGCAUUGGUUACUUUUGUUUGACACUUGCACUUGAAGUUUGUCCCUCCCUCAAAUUAACUCCGUUUAUGAUCAAGAAGUGGUGGCAGAGUUUAAACAUCUUCCAGCGUAAUACCACUUAUCUGGAACCUCUCUUAGAACCUCCUUUGGAAACUGUUUCAAUGGACUUUGAUGAAGAUGUGGAUGUGAAAACCGAAAGAAAUAGAGUACUUUCUGGUUCCCUCGAUAAUUCUAUUAUCUACCUGCGUAAUCUUCGAAAGGUGUAUUCUGAAGGGAAGUAUCUAGGGGAAAAGGUUGCAGUAGAUUCGUUAACCUUUUCGGUUCAGGAAGGAGAAUGUUUCGGCUUUUUAGGAACAAAUGGAGCUGGAAAGACCACAACUCUUUCUAUGUUAUGCGGGGAAGAAUCUCCUUCUGAUGGGACUGCUUUUAUUUUUGGCAAAGAUAUAUGCUCCCAUCCCAAGGCUGCUCGCCAAUAUAUUGGAUAUUGUCCGCAAUUUGAUGCUUUAUUGGAGUUUUUGACCGUUCAAGAGCAUCUUGAGCUUUAUGCUAGAAUAAAAGGUGUUCCAGAAUACACUAUAGAUAAUGUUGUUAAGGAAAAGAUGGUGGAAUUUGGCUUAUUGAAGCAUGCUAAUAAACCGUCAUUUACUCUUAGUGGGGGGAAUAAAAGGAAACUAUCUGUUGCAAUCGCAAUGAUUGGAGAUCCUCCUAUUGUCAUUCUUGAUGAACCAUCUACAGGUAUGGAUCCCAUCGCCAAAAGAUUUAUGUGGGAUGUAAUAUCUAGGAUCUCAACAAGAAGGGGGAAAACUGCAGUAAUUCUAACUACCCACAGCAUGAAUGAAGCUCAAGCCUUAUGUACCAGGAUGGGAAUAAUGGUUGGUGGACGAUUAAGAUGCAUCGGAAGUCCUCAGCAUUUAAAAACAAGAUUUGGGAAUCAUCUGGAACUAGAGGUAAAACCUACUGAAGUGAGUUCUGCAGACUUGCAAACGCUAUGCCAAGCUAUUCAGGAAAGAGUUCUCGAUGUCCCUUCUCAUCCUAGAAGCUUGCUUGGCGACCUUGAAGUUUGCAUUGGUGCCACUGACUCCAUUACUGCAGAAAAUAGUUCCAUUGCAGAGAUUAGCUUGACACGAGAAAUGAUAAGCUUAAUUGGGCGCUGGCUUGGCAAUGAAGAAAGAGUCAAGACACUAAUCUCCUGUACACCUGUCUCUGAUGGAGCUUCUAGGGAACAAUUAUCUGAACAAUUGUUUCGAGAUGGUGGUAUUCCAUUACCCGUAUUUUCCGAGUGGUGGUUGUCGAAACAAAAAUUCUCAGAAAUUGAUUCAUUUAUACUUUCAUCAUUUCGGGGAGCAAGAUGGCAAGGGUGCAAUGGUUUGAACAUCAGAUACCAGAUACCCUAUGAAGAAGGUUUGUCUCUGGCUGAUGUCUUUGGUCACCUUGAAGGAAACAGAGAUAGAUUAGGGAUUGCUGAGUACAGCAUCAGCCAGUCAACUCUGGAGACAAUAUUUAAUCAUUUUGCAGCUACUUCAUGAGAUGUCAACAUUUUUGUCAUUUUCUUUCAUAAACUACGGCAUAGUAUUGCAAAUUUGCAAUGUCUUAUGAGCUAUCAAAAUGGUGCAUUCUUUCUAAACGGAAGACCAUGUAUAGUGUGGAUCAGUGAUUUAGUGGCAUGGAAUUGUAUAUAGAUUCCGUAGGGCAAUGGUUUUGGCCGUUGAGAAUUGUAACAUUAGUGUUACUCAUUGAGGAAGGACUUUGGCUUAACUGCCAGUUUUUCCCUUUGGUUUGUCAUGUAAAAUUAGUGUGAUGUAAAUAGUAGCAUUUAACUUGGGUUGAUAAAAUGAACUUUUGCUCGGGAUUCUCUUUCUUGAAUUGAAAUUAGUCUCACAAUUUGAAGGAAAAAUUUAUGACAUA